AUGGGCAACUCUGAUGCUGGCUAUACAACAUGGGGCAACUCUGAUGCUGACUUUGCAACAUGUGGCAACUUUGACGCCGGCUAUACAACAUGGGGCAACUCUGAUGCUGGCUAUACAACAUGGGGCAACUCUGAUGCUGGCUAUACAACAUGGGGCAACUCUGAUGCUGGCUAUACAACAUGGGACAACUCUGAUGCUGGCUAUACAACAUGGGGCAACUCUGAUGCUGGCUAUACAACAUGGGGCAACUCUGAUGCUGGCUGUACAACAUGGGGCAACUCUGAUGCCGGCUAUACAACAUGGGGCAACUCUGAUGCUGGCUAUACAACAUGGGGCAACUCUGAUGCUGGCUGUACAACAUGGGGCAACUCUGAUGCUGGCUGUACAACGUGGGGCAACUCUGAUGCUGGCUAUACAACAUGGGGCAACUCUGAUGCUGGCUAUACAACAUGGGGCAACUCUGAUGCCGGCUAUACAACAUGGGGCAACUCUGAUGCCGGCUGUACAACAUGGGGUAACUCUGAUGCUGGCUAUACAACAUGGGGCAACUCUGAUGCUGGCUAUACAACAUGGGACAACUCUGAUGACGGCUGUACAACAUGGGGCAACUCUGAUGCUGGCUAUACAACACAGGGCAACUCUGAUGCCGGCUAUACAACAUGGGGCAACUCUGAUGCUGGCUACACAACAUGGUGCAACUCUGAUGCUGGCUUUACAACAUGGGGCAACUCUGAUGCUGGCUAUACAACAUGGGGCAACUCUGAUGCCGGCUAUACAACAUGGGGCAACUCUGAUGCUGGCUACACAACAUGGUGCAACUCUGAUGCUGGCUACACAACAUGGGGCAACUUUGACGCCGGCUAUACAACAUGGGGCAACUCUGAUGCUGGCUAUACAACGUGGGGCAACUCUGAUGCUGGCUAA